GAAUCAGCGUCAUUUCUUUGGACAUGGCAAACAUGUACCGAAUUUGGUUUCUACCAGUCUAGUGACUCGAGCUACAGUAUUUUCGGCAGUCCAUUACCAUUGAAUUUCUUCACACAAAUGUGUUCUGAUGUGUUCGGCAACGAGACGAGGUACACAGCGGCAAUAAAUCGACAAGCUGGAACAAAUGUGGUGAUGACGCAUGGUUCUCUGGAUCCAUGGCAUGCUCUCGGUAACGUGACCUGUGAUCCUUCCAAUAACUGCUAUCUGAUCAAAGGAACUGCACAUUGUGCAGAUAUGCUUCCAGCACGGGAAGAAGACGUACCUGACCUCGUCGAAACUCGGAAAAAGAUUGAAGAAAUCAUCGGGAAAUGGUUAGCUCCAUCUGCUCCAGUCGCCGAGAAAGGGACAGCUUCUCCAGUUGUCAUCGAAACGAGCUCCCCAAAUGAUCCAGUUGAAAGCGGCAAAAAUCGCAGUCAUCCAACCAACACUGACGCGAGAUCUGAGCAGGAAGCUACAAGGAAGGAACUCUGA